AUGACUACUUUACUUAUUGACAACUACGACAGCUUUACUUAUAACGUUUAUCAAUACCUGAGCUGUCAGGGGGCCGAUGUUGUUGUCCAUCGAAAUGACAAGAUUACUAUUUCAGAAAUAGAACAGCUUGCGCCUCGCAAUAUCGUUAUCUCACCUGGUCCUGGCCACCCAUCAACCGAUGCCGGUAUUUCUCGAGAUGUCAUCAAGACAUUUGCUGGUAGAAUUCCCAUAUUGGGUAUUUGUAUGGGCCAACAGUGCAUGUAUGAAGUGUAUGGAGGCACUGUAUCUUAUGCAGGCGAUAUCGUUCACGGCAAAGCAUCUAGAAUUAAGCACGACAAUCGAGGUAUCUUCAGGGGCGUUCCUCAAAACAACAUGGUCACUCGAUACCACUCACUUGCUGGUAUGCCUUCCACAUUACCUGAUGCUUUAGAAGUGACAGCUACGACGGAUGAUGGAAUCAUUAUGGGUAUUCGACACAAGGAAUAUACAGUAGAGGGUGUUCAAUUUCAUCCGGAGAGUAUCCUCUGUGAGCACGGACAUACGAUGAUCACCAACUUUUUGAAUUUGCGUGGUGGAACUUGGGAAGAGAAUCCAGGCGCUGGCGUCUUGUCAAACAAGUUGCGUGCCCAGCCCAAGCCGAACAGCAAUGAAUCUCAACUGGAUCUCUCUGAGCAACAACAACAGCAACUGACCGCAGCUGCUCCCUCUAUAUUGACCCGUAUCUAUUCUCAGCGUCUCAAAGAUGUUCAAGCUGCUAAAGAAAUUCCUGGACAGACACCUGAGGACCUUGAAAAACUCUUGCGACUUCAUGCCGCCCCUCCUCUUCAAGACGUCGUUGCUCGCCUACGCCAAAGUAAACCUGCCCUCAUGGCUGAAGUCAAGCGUGCGUCUCCUUCCAAAGGCAACAUUGACAUGAAGGCUAAUGCUGCUGAACAAGCCCUUCAGUACGCUUUAGCAGGAGCCAGUGUUGUCUCUGUUCUUACCGAACCCAAAUGGUUCCGUGGUACGCUUCAAGAUAUGCGUCAAGUAAGAGAAGCUGUGGGCCACUUGCCCAAUAGACCCUGCAUCUUGCGAAAGGAUUUUAUCGUUGACCGCUAUCAGAUCCUUGAGGGCCGUCUUUAUGGCGCUGAUACCAUCUUGUUAAUCGUUGCCAUGCUAAACGAUGAACAGCUACACGAUCUAUACAGUUAUGCAAAAUCGUUGGGUAUGGAGCCUCUUGUUGAAGUCAAUAAUGCUGAAGAAAUGGCUCGGGCCAACGCACUGGGCGCACGUUUAAUCGGUGUCAAUAACCGAAACUUGCACAGCUUUGAUGUUGAUAUGGAAACGACCAGUCGUCUGGCAGAGAUGGUGCCUGAGGGAACUAUCCUGUGUGCUCUUUCUGGUAUCACAGGUCGAGCUGAUGUUGAAAUGUAUGUCAAGCAAGGUGUACACGGUGUCUUGGUUGGUGAAGCACUCAUGCGAGCUUGGAACCUCAAGGAGUUCGUUUCGGAUUUGCUCGGUCUCGAAAAGAAAGAUCCUGUGCCUGUUUCAAAGGAACAAAAGACGUCGUUGGUCAAGGUCUGUGGUAUCUCCAGUGUGGAAGCAGCCGUGGAAGCAGCCAAAGCCGGUACUGACUUGAUUGGUUUGAUAUUUGCAGAAAAAUCAAAGCGAAAAGUAAGCUUGGAUAAGGCUCAAGAGAUCGUAUCCGCUGUGCGCGCUCUGGGCAUUCAGUCCAGCAAAACAUUACCAGACAAUGCUCAUCCAAACGACUGGUUCCUAACUCAUCAAUACCUAUUGGAAAAACGACGAAAGCCUUUGGUGGUUGGUGUCUUUGUGAAUCAAUCUGUUGAAUACAUGACUGAAGUUGCUACAACCGUCGGACUUGACCUCGUUCAGUUGCAUGGAACAGAAUCACUCGAACUCGCUCAUUAUCUGCCAGUACCUGUGAUUAGGGCAUGUCAUAUAGACAAUGCCACUUUCCAUGAAUCUCAGAUACCACACUUGACACAACCUGGCUACCAUCACUAUGUUCUGCUGGAUGCCAAGGUACCCAAUUUACCUUCUGAUCAGCAAGGUGGACGUGGCGUCAAGUUUGACUGGUCUAUUGCAAACAAGAUCGUGAACCACAAGAGAUUCGAAUUCCUUGACAACAAAAACUUCCCGAUCAUUCUCGCCGGCGGAUUAGAUCCUACCAACGUAGCUACUGCCAUUCAACAAGUGAAGCCUUGGAUGGUGGAUGUGUCCAGUGGUGUAGAAACAGAUGGCACAAAAGAUUUAAACAAGAUUCGAUCUUUUAUUGAAACUGUUCAAUCUACAAAAUAUACAUAA